AUGAGAUCUACUCUUGUACUAGCUGGCGUCACUGCCCUAGCAACGCAAGCUGCUGGACAUGCUACCUUCCAGCAACUCUGGCUAACUGGUCUUUACCUGGCUACUUGUGCACGACUUCCAACUACUAAUAGCCCCGUUACGGAUGUAACGAGUAACAACAUCCGAUGCAACGUCAACCAGGGCGCAGCAGCUUCGAAAUGUAGCGUAGCCGCUGGUGGUACCGUAACUGUUGAGAUGCACCAGCAACCCAAUGAUCGAUCGUGCAGCAACGAAGCCAUAGGUGGGGCCCAUUACGGUCCAGUCUUGGUUUACAUGAGUAAAGUCGCAGAUGCCAUGACUGCCGAUGGCUCAAGCAGCUUCUUCAAGAUAUUCCAGGACACAUGGGGCAAGAACCCAUCUGGUUCGAGUGGAUCUGACGACUACUGGGGCACAAAAGACCUCAAUUCGAACUGUGGAAAGAUGGACGUCAAGAUUCCAUCGAAUCUGACACCAGGCGACUAUCUGCUACGAGCAGAGGCUAUCGCGCUGCACUCAGCUAGCGGAGCUGGUGGUGCUCAGUUCUACAUCACCUGCUACCAGAUUACUGUCACCGGGGGAGGAUCGACAAGCCCCGCUGGCGUAUCGUUUCCCGGUGCGUACAAAGCUGCAGACCCAGGUAUCCAGAUAAACAUAUAUCAAAGUUUGUCGACAUACGUCGCCCCUGGUCCUACUGUAAUCGCCGGAGGAUCUUCCCUGCCUACGGCCACUAGCAAGACCGCUGUCGCCAGCACCUUGAAGACAUCGACCAAGGCUACGGCUACGACGACGAGAGCCGCUUCAUAAGAUGUGCGUCUAGCUCGACGUGUACGGCGGUGAAUGGGUGUUACUCAUAGUGCACUUCAUGGUCAUAGAGCUAUGACUGGCGAUGAUUAGCGGUUCGAGGUCCUUGAAUGAUAUACCGUUGCGGUCAAUAUGUCUGAUUCAGCUUCUUGCAUGGUCGUGGCGUGAAAACUUAUCUCUCUCAAGGUGAGAUGGCUUCUCGUGAGUCGUCUCGCUUCAACACCCCGAUGGCAGACACGUGAUUCUACUUUCACCGCGGUCGCCAGAUAGCAG